GAACGGCACAUAAUGAUUUGCAUGUGAUGUGUUCAAAUACAGCCUGGCUACCAACGUCUGUAUUCAUUUGAACGGAAAAAAAAACUCGUGACAAUGCCUGAAGUAGCGAAGCCCGCGCCCAAGAAGGGCUCCAAGAAAGCGGUGGCGAAGGCUCCCGGUAAGGGCGGAAAGAAGAGGAGAAAGUCCAGGAAGGAGAGCUACGCCAUCUACGUCUACAAGGUGCUGAAGCAGGUCCACCCCGACACUGGGAUCUCCUCCAAGGCCAUGGGCAUCAUGAACUCCUUCGUGAGCGACAUCUUCGAGCGCAUCGCCGGUGAGGCCUCUCGUCUGGCUCAUUACAACAAGCGCUCCACCAUCACCUCCAGGGAGAUUCAGACCGCCGUCCGCCUGCUGCUGCCCGGGGAGCUGGCUAAACACGCCGUGUCUGAGGGCACCAAGGCCGUGACCAAGUACACCAGCUCCAAGUAAACCACUCUGCGGAGACAUCAAACCAACGGCUCUUUUAAGAGCCACACACUUUCUCUAUGGAGACAAACUGUCCUCACUCUAAUGACAUGUCCAUCAAUAUGUAAACAGACACUCUUAACUUAUGUAACUGUGGUCAAUAAAAUUGAAAAGAAUAAUCCUGUUGAAUACAUAAACACCAUGCAUAUCUUCUACAAUUGAAAUUAAUUGUUUUUAAAUCCAAUUGCAGUUUUCUACUGCAGGACGUGUUGUCCUCUUUCUCAAAUCGGUGAUCUGUAAUUCAUGAGGUGUUGUUUUUUCCCCUGGUGGUGAUAAUUGUAUUUGUAAAGAAGCUCAUGAAAUCAUUGCUCCUCAGGUUCACAGGGAUAGAUGUAUUGUUUGAUCAAUGACUGCUAUUUCUCAGUGCUUUCUUAUCAUAUAUAUAUUGGGAUAUCUUCCAUGGCUAGGUGAAUACAAUUUUGGUUGUUGGAAUGCCACAUCCUCUCCAGCUGCUGUGAUAUCAGUUUUAAAACAGGUCUGUGAUUACUAAACCAUGGAGCUAAUCUCCUGAGGGUAACUUACGUGUUGUUACCGACACAUGACUGACUUUAGGGUCAAAGGCAAACAUUAUUUAAAGUCGUUUACAGUAUUAUCAAGCUUGACAAAUAUACCUUUUUUGCUUACUACUCUGUUUAUAUUGAGCAACAUUGAGUGAAAUCUGUGGUCAAACCAAUAUACAUGUCUCCCUUAGCCAUCCUGUUAUCCUCAAAUUGAAAUACUUAUAAUUCUAAAUAAAUUAUAAUAGAAAAUUGUAACUUAAGUGUACAUUUCAAGUGGGUUUUUUUUAUGAUGUACUACAUGAUUAAAGUAUUGUUGAAUGAUUCAAAUAACAUGUUUACAUGCUACUAUUUACCCACAGCAAUGUACACAAACACUUGUGUACAUUAUGCAUACACAGUGUGUUUGUUGACACUAAAGCCUUAGUUUGUAAUAUGAAUGAGUUAUUGUCUAUACAAGUCUGAGAAUAUUUGAUCUUGAUCAGUGGGCAGCCAUGCUCUGUGUGUCCUCCUGUGUACACCAGAUGGGUCAUAGCAGAAAACAAAUACCCCCCCUUGCAUGUUGUGUGUUUUUGCAUGUGUGUGGAACAAUAAAUGUAUCUCGUAUCUUAUUGAUCAAUGGGUAAAAUAUGGACAGGUUGAAAGAUAUCUCACUCAUGAGACAAACAGUUCUACUGAUUAUUUUAAACAAGUAAUGAUUCGAAUAAUAUACAUAAACAUGUAUCCUAGUGUUAAUGUGAAGAGCCGAAGUUUGUAUUUACUAAAUC